AUGGAUUCCAAUAUGACCUUAUGUGUUCGUACUCUGUUCCACGAAAUCAAGCCCACAGAAUGUCUACUAGGUCGAAUUUGUGCACUAGCCAUAGUAUUAGUGUCUAUAUUUGCCAUCUUUUUCAACAUUCGUUUUCUUCAUUGGUCAUCUUAUCAUCGAAAUGUUCGAUCUCGACAGUAUUCCUUAAUUAUUUCUAUGAUUAUUUCUUCAAUUUCUGUUGUUCUUGUCAUUUCGCCAUCAAUCUUUUCCCAGUGUUUCUAUUGUUAUCGUUGGUGUUCCGAAUUCUAUUGUCUUUUCGAAGGUUUCGUUAACUAUCUCAAUGGUUGUGUCAACAUGUUCAUGUUGAUGAUGAUUUCUCUUAUCCGUUAUUCAUCAGUCAUUCAUACAAAUAUUCGACAACGAUAUUUCGAACAACAUUCUUGUUUGACAGUGAUCAGCUGUUGGUUGUGUGGACUUCUGUUUGCCGUACCACCAUUAUUUCAUUGGAAUGAAUAUGUACCUGAAGGUGUUGGUUUCCAUUGUGGACUUAAUUGGUUCGAUCGAUCGACAAAAUCUCGUGUUUAUUUCGUUUUAACAUUCGCUUUUGUUUAUUUCAUUCCAUUGUUAAUUCUACUGAUCGUGAAUAUUUAUGUUUAUUGUGUUAUUCGACGUUUAAUUCGAGGUGAAACACGAGUAACUCAGUCAAACGCGCAUCUAACAGAUCAACCACACCGAUCAACAUCAUGCACUACGACAUCGACUCGGAGUAGUUCAACAAAUACAGAUAAAUCUGAUCGUAUUCGCUCGAUGAACUCACUAAGUGGACAUCCAAGCCUGAUUCCACGUCGAACACUUGAUAUCAUUCAAUCCUAUCAUCGAUUAUCACGAUUGAAUCGAUUACGAGCUGAUCGUCGCUUCGCAUUAGCAACAACAUUUCUCAUUAGUGAAUAUGUGCUUAGUUGGACACCCUAUGCUAUUGUUGCACUUAUCUAUCUCUUUGAUAUCGAUUUGAUUAGUCAACAUUCGAUUACUAUGACAAUAUGUGCAUUCAUAGCCAAGAUUUCAAUGAUUCUCAAUCCAUUUCUUUAUAUCGCCACGACCAAGAAGAGUCAAUUGGGAACAAUCUUACUGUGUAAAACUUGUUCAUGUUCAUACUGUCGACUAAAGAAGAACAUCAUUGCUUUGUAA